GUGUUUAAUCGAUUUAUGACAUCAUUAAUUUCUCCUAGUUGUACUUUAUUCUCUUCUUCCAAAUUCUUACUUGUAUUUUUCUUUAGAGUAUUUGAUCCACUGAAGUGAUUAUUCUGAUUCGGAAUUAGUUCUCACAAGUGAUUCCUACCAAUUUCGACCAUAUUUUGUUACAUAUCCAAAAAAGCACUUUAAGAGGAAGUGAAAACGAAGCAUGAUGAAAUAAGUUGCUACAUUAGAAAAUGGGCGCAAAGCAAAUGGAAGAGAUUCAGAAGAAACUGGGAACGCUGAAUUAUCCAAGAUCAAAUGCAUCCGCACAGUCCCUUUUGUUUGCUGGCAUGGAGCGCUAUGCUCUUCUCGAAUGGCUCUUCUUUCGGCUAUUAGGUGAUAAGUCACCAUUUUCUCAACAAAAUUUACACGGGGAUGCUCUUGAUCGUGAUGAGGAGACAGCUCGAAUUCAAUAUUUGGCAGAAAUUGCUAAGUUUCUGGGCAUUACAACAACUGUAGAUACAGAAGCCAUUCAAGGGCAUGGAAGCUAUGAGGACCGCACCGAAAUGCUUCGUCUAAUUGUAGAUCUAGUGGAGGCAACCAUAUAUGCUGAUAAUCCAGAAUGGAGUGUUGAUGAGCAGGUAGCCAAGGACAUCCACCUGAUAGAUUCUAUUGCCGAAAAGCAGGCUCAUAUAUUUUCUGAAGAAUGUAAAUUGUUUCCUGCAGAUGUUCAGAUUCAGUCUAUAUAUCCAUUGCCAGAUGUUUCGGAGCUGGAGUCAAAGCUUACUGAACAAUCAAAAAUAUUAUUGAAUCUUCAACAAAAAGUUGAUGACUUGGCAUCCAAGCAUGCUUAUAAUCCGGAUGAGGAGUAUACUGAGGUGGAAUCUCAACUGCGAGCACAUUUGGAAUCUUUCCUAGAAACUGCUAGAACAUUCAACAUGAUUUACACCAAGGAAAUUCGACCAUGGACACAUAUGAUGGAGGUUCCACAACUUCACGGGUUUGGACCAGCUGCCAAUCGAUUACUGGAGGCGUACAAAAUGCUUCUAAAGUUUUUAGGGAACCUGCAAAAUCUUAGAGACUCGCAUGCUGCACUUGCUUUUGGAUCUUCUGAAACAUCAGGAGGGCCUUCUUCUGUCUCAGCAAUAAUCUCUGAAUGUGAAUCUGAGAUGACAGUUAUAAAUCGAGAUCUUGGAAUUCUUUCCGUCUCCAUUGCUCGUGAACGGGAAAAAAAAGAUGAGCAUUUGAUGACAAUGUAGGAAUGAGAUUAACCACUAAGUCUUAUUGUCAUGUAUUUUAGGAUCUUGUUUUACGGGUAUAUUUUGUGACCAGUUUGCCGGCUUGCCAGUUUGUUUGAUCUAUAGGUCAUGUUGAGAUAAACAUCUUAUUUGUCAGUGUAUAAUAUAUUAAAGAUAACACAUCAUGUUGAGAUAACACAGUACAAGACACAAAAUUAUCCAAUAGUUUAAAGAUUUGUGUGUUCAAUAUUU